CCGAAGUUGCUUUUGAUGAGACCUCCGCAAUACAAACUCGAAAACAUCGAUUCGGACACUAAGCCAACCAAUGGAAAGGCGGCCACAGAUAUGGCUAAUCUGUUAAACCAGAUUCCCUGCUCUAACUGUGCGCCCAUAAAACCUGAUCCCUAUAUGAUUAAAGACUUUAAAUGUGCAAAAAUGCGAGCAAUAGUUCCGCAACAAACAAAUCUAUUCCCGACCUCAGGUUCGGGCGAAGAGCUCAUUAUACAGGACUUGGACGCCAGUCCUGUAUUGCCAUUCUUCGAACCGCUCACCAGUUAUUAUCCCAAAGAAGUGGAUCAAGUCAUUCAUAACGCUAUGUUUAUAGCGCAUCACAUCGAUAAUGCCGACGAAUUUAAAAGUAUUCAAGAGGACUGGAAAUACGUUGCAAUGGUUUUGGACAGAUUAUUUCUAUGGAUAUUUACGGCCGCGUGUGUGAUCGGCACCGCAUCCAUCUUAUUAUUUGCCCCCGCGAUAUAUGAUACAAUUAAA